AUGUCCACGAACGGUGGUGACGCGGAGACGCGAGAGACGCUGCGUCUGUUACAGGCGCAGAUCAGGGCGCAGGCGAGAGAAAUCGCGAGGCUCCAGCGAGAGGUUGUGGAGUGCCAUCGCGAGCGAGACGUGCUCGCUGGGAAGGUUUUGAAGCCCCUGAAUGAGCGUUUUAAGGAUAACGUGCGAGAUUUAAUCAAAGACACGACGUGGUUCAAACUGAACUCGGUGGAGGAGACGAUCGAGGUGAACACGUACGAGAGCACGACGGAGGCGGAGUUUGAAUUGGCGGGCGCGGCGUCAAAGAUGGAGGCAAAAUUCCCAGACCUAAAGGCGGCGAAGAUCACGACCAGGGAGGACAUCGGAUGCGUUGGGUUCGAACUGAAAUCUCGCCCGUUCAUGGGGGAGCUGAUGCAGGUCAAGGCGCGGGUGCACCUGGAAAAGCUGCUCGGUAUCGCCAAGGCGCCGACGCUGGCGCUCAGGCCGACGCCUCCAUUUCCUUGGGGACGGAAGACGAAGUGGAACCCGGCGUUAGAAUCCGCCGUGGACAUCGAUGGCGUCGCGAUCAACGCCAAGUACACCAUGGUGAACGAAUCGGUUUCGGUGGAUCAUCUCGAUUUCGACGUGAGUACGACGCACGAAGAACACGGAAGGCUCUCGGUGGAGCGCAUCAGUCGACACACCGUGGAGGAAGAGGAACUCGAUAUCGACGGCGAUAACGGAUGCUGGCGCCUGGGAUGGGCUCAGCGCAAGGGUGAAUACGAUUUAGCGGCCAAGCUGACGACCGAUAAGGGUAUGGAGUUGGAGGUGAGCGCGCGAAGACACUUCGCCAAACAUUUUAACGGCGCCGCGCUCGGACGCGUCGGAACCCAGAAACGCGAGCUGGAGUUUCAGGUUGGCUACGAAUUCACGGAGGAGCUCAAGGGAUGGGAAGUAGUCGCGAGAUCCGUGCUCACGCCGAAUGGGUUGCAGAAUCCAACGUUUCGACUUAACCACGCUUGGGAGUUUUAA